CAGAAAACAAAUAUAUCAAUUCGACUGGGAAAAAUAAGGGAUAACAUGCCUCCCCCAAAGCUAGGCUUCGGUCUCAACCCUCCCUCCAAACCCACCUCUCGACCUAACCCCCCCGCGCCGAAACGCAAGAAACCUAUCUUCGGCGAUGACUCCGACGACGAUGAAUCCCAUUCUACUACCAGUGUCAAGAAAGGCACUAGCAGCGGCGGUGACAGCGGCGCAAUUGAAAUCACGACGAUAGGCGGCCUCGACGACCUCACACCUACCAACAACGAAGAAGAGGAAGCCCGCCCCACGAAACGCAAGCUCCUCGCUCCCGGCGCAACAUCAUCAUCCAGCGCACCCAAACCACCAAACACGAAACCGCUCAACAAGAGCUCCAUAUUCGCGGACGCUUCCGACGAAGAAGAAAAAGCAACAAACACACCAACGUACGGCCUCAACACCUCCACGAGCAGCAAACCCAAACCCAAAAGCAAAGACCUCGACACCACAAAACCCUACACGAACCUAUCCGCCCUCCACAGCAGCCGAAAACACGCGGCCGAAGCCUCCGAACUCGACCCGACAAUCUACUCCUACGACGCGGUCUACGACAGCCUACACGCGAAACCGAACAAGGACAAAAAGGCCUCAGACGAUAGCGAGAGCGGCUCGACGGUGCCGAAAUACAUGACGUCGUUGCUGCGCAGCGCGGAGAUCCGCAAACGGGAUCAAAUGCGAGCGCGGGAUCGUCUGCUCGCGAAGGAGCGCGAAGCGGAGGGCGACGAGUUCGCGGACAAGGAGAAAUUCGUGACUGCGGCGUAUAAGGCGCAGCAGGAGGAAUUGCGGCGGGUGCAGGCGGAAGAAGAGGCGCGGGAGAAAGAGGAGGAGGAGAGACGGAAGAAGAAUGGGGGAUCUGGGAUGGUGGACUUUUACCGGGAUAUGUUGUCGCGUGGGGAGGAGAGGCAUGAGGCUGUUGUGAAGGCGGCGGAGGAGGCGGCGAAGAAGGUGAAGGAGGGUGGUGGUGUUACUGAAGAGGAGAAGGAGGAGGGAGAGAAGAAGGAGAAGAGUGAGGCGCAGAUGGCGGAGGAGUUGAAUGCCAAGGGGGCGCAUAUUGCGGUUAAUGAUGAGGGUCAGGUGGUGGAUAAGAGGCAGUUGUUGUCGGCGGGGUUGAAUGUCGCGCCGAAGCCGAAGCAGACGCAGAAGGAGAAGGAUGCGGCGGCUGCGGCGGCGUCGAGGGCUGCGGUGCAGGCUUCGAGGUUUGGGGCGCAGAAGCAGGCCGAACGGGGUGGACAGCGUGCGCGCCAGACGGAGAUGAUUGCGUCGCAGUUGGAGGAGCGGGCGAGACAGGAGGAGGAGGCCGAGGCGGCACGGCAGAAGGAGAUUGCGGAGCGGAGUCGCAGUCGCAAGACGGAAGGGGAUGUGAUGAGUGCGAAGGAGAGGUAUUUGGCCAGAAAGAGGGAGCGCGAGGCUGCUGCGAAGAAGGCGUGAUUGUCUACUUUGUGAGUGGUAGAUUGCAUAUGGUUGGCGUUGGAUAUGGAUCCUGUAUAGUGUAUGAUAUAAUGAAUGAUUCUUCGGGUACUAAAAUGGUAGUGGCGAUAUUUCUGUCUUACGGGCGAACUAGCAAGUGGACUAGUA